AUGGAGCCCUUGGCUACUGCCUCGACGAUACCGUUCGACCAUACAUACAUUUUAUACAACCCCAAUGACCUCAUCUCCACAGUUUGUGUCCAGUUUUCCCUUCUCCCCAUAUACAUUAUGGUCUUCUACACGUCAUGGUUCCUCAUCACCAGAGAGAUUGAGCCAGUCAUCGCGGUUGGCGGCCAUCUUUUGGGAGAAUUGACUAACAAGGUGGUCAAGUGCAUUGUGAAACAGCCGCGUCCGGAUUUUCAUAAAGAUUUUGGCGCUGGUUCGUAUGGACUCACGUAUGGAAUGCCAUCUGCUCACUCACAAUUCAUGGGUUUUUUUGCAUCAUACUAUAUAUGCACAAUUUUGAUGAAGGUGCCGCUUCGAAGAGGAGGGAAGGCGGUAGGUGUCUUGGCUCUAGGCUCUGCUGCCUUUGGGGUGGCGUUUUCCAGGGUGUACUUGAUGUACCAUACAAUUGAGCAGGUCUUUGUUGGAGUGCUUGUGGGACUCGUUAUGGGAACAGGGUAUUUCGUAGUAGCUUCAUUGGCUCGUGAUGUGGGUCUUGUGGACUGGGUUCUCUCAUGGAGAAUCGUGAGAAUCUUCUGGGUCAAGGACUCGUACUAUCACUGCUAUCAAACUUACAAGGAGGAGUUCGAGGUGUCAGAAGAAAGAAAAGUUUUUAGAAAGGGUAUUAUGAGGGACAAAUGA